AGGGGGACAUUUAAGUCCGGUGCACUAAUGCGUGCGCAUGGAGUUCAGCGACUGACUGCUUCCUGACUUUACAACAUCUUCAUCAACGUUUUGAUGUCAGAAGAGGAGAGCGCCGAAACAAUGGAGCCCCAGAGGAAGCGCUGGAAAGGCUCUACGUACGGCUCCGAGUGCGGCUCUGACUCCUGGACUGUUUACCCUGUGCUGUCAGAUGAGCAGUCACAAGAUGUGGAGCUGGUGGAAGCAUUUGCUGCACCCGUGGUCAACAAGAAGGAGACAUCUCGACUUCUUCGCGAGCUGAGCAGCCUCUACCCAAUGAGCGGCCUUCAGCACAUCAAGAGGGUGCGGGCAGUGAAGGGCAGCCCCCAACCUCUGGAGGUCCUCCUGUGUCUUGUCAGCGACGCACCACACAUGGAGAUUCUAAGCAUCGACUCUCUGCUCCCCUCGGGAGUGAAAAAUGACGCAUUCGGUGAGCCUUUUCGGGUUAAGAUCCCUGCACGCCCCCCCUUGACCCGCCCCCAGUUUGAACAGGCUGGAAAACACUGGCCCACCUCCUUCCAUGAAGACAAACAGUUGACGGUGGCCCUCAGGGGAGAGCUCUUCAGUGCGCCUCAGAAGGCCAGGAUGCACGCGUACAUGAUGUCUGCUGUGACUGCGGCCAAAGCAGGAAGUGAGUUGGGGAUGGAGGCGGUGGGGGCCGUUGUGGUGGACCCAUCAACAGAGAAGGUCAUCGCAGUGGGCCACGACAGCAGAGGAGACCACCCCCUCCAUCAUGCAGUCAUGGUCUGUAUUGAUCUUGUAGCACGUAGCCAGGGCAGCGGGUGUUAUUCUUUCGACCAAUACGCCACUUGUACGUUUACUCCCCCAGCCUCGGAUACCUCUCAAAGCGCUCCCAGCUCUCUGCCGUACAUCUGCACUGGGUACGACCUCUACGUGACCCGAGAACCUUGUGUCAUGUGUGCCAUGGCGCUGGUCCACUCCCGGAUCGGGCGGGUCUUCUACGGGACGGCCUGUGCAGACGGAGCCUUAGGGAGCAAAUAUAAAAUCCACUCGCAGAAGGAUUUGAACCAUCACUUUGAGGUUUACAGAGGAGUGCUGGAGAAGCAGUGUGAGGAUCUGACAUCCCAAGAGGGGUUUCAGAGAAGGGUGGAUUAUUAACGGAUCAGUUUCAGUUUGCGUCACUUGGAGCGUUCAAUUGGAGGUGUACUGUUGAAAACACUUUCUUACAUCAGCAUUUGUUUUAAAUAAAGUUUUUUAUCUUUUGGUUAUUGUUGUUAGGGCUGCUCAAUAAUCAGAAUUGCAAUAUGGACUAUAGCAAUAUUAAAAUCGAAGAAAGCACAAUAUUCAAAAGGCUAAACAUGUAUUCAAAUAUGGUUUUGAAUAGAAAAUGAUUAAUCCCUAGAAUAUUACAAUUGGAAUUUGCUGCACAAUUUUUCCAAAUUGCUGCAUCAUGCUGCACAAUUUGGAAAAAUUGUGCAGCCUUAGCUUGUUAUAGAAAACCAAUAAAAUGGCUGCCUUCCCUCCCUGUGAUUUAAAGGCUUGUUCGGAGCAAGUCAGAAACCUGAACCUUUGACGCCUUUUUUUUUUCUUCUUUGGUCCAGAUCAUCGGUUAUUGAGCAUUUGUUUUACUUUUUUAAUUAAAUGAUGCAAAAUGGCAAAUGUUUAGCUGUGAUUUUUGUAAAGUUUGAUGCUUCAGGAUUUGAAGAGGCUCUUUUUCUCCCCUUGGCUGCAGCGGGUUGAAAAUCCAGGUGUGUGUUCAUUUUAUAUUUUCCCUGUGGAAUCUUACAGAAUCCAGCAUCUUUCCAAGGCUGUAAAAUAUACUUUCAAGAUGUAAUGCACAUUGAUGAUGGCUUAGGCUCUCGUUAACCCUACGGAAUUUAUAUAGAAAGGGCUUUUCUGAUAAACCCCGGUCUACCAGUGUUAACAUCUCAGGUCAAAAGGAAGCCCUUCUACUGACAAUCCAGCUUAUUAUCAGAACAGCUCACACCAAAUUUGUGAAUAUUCACUGUAUUAUUUUUUUAAAGAAAACCAUGUGUAGAAUGCACUUAUAGGCUGAGAAAAUCCUCCAAUUAUCUGACUUCUUUUACGAAAAGUACCCAAAAACUUUGGUUACAUUCCUGACAUUCCUUAUCUUGUCCAUGCAUUGCUCAGCUAUUAAAAAAGAGUCUUUGAAGAAAGUUUGAGGGCUCAAACUUUUUAAUAAGAUUAGAGAACAAGAAAUAUUAAGAGCUAAUGGCUGUGGCCAAACAAAGCAGAACUAGCUGCCUCGAUGAUAGCAAAAGAGUCGUCUAAAGAAAAGCAGCUACAUUAUGUAAGUGGAUCACAGAGAUACUGUAGACCUCCCUCAGUAAACACUUAAACAGACAACAUUCUCUUGUUUCUAAACACAGGACUUCUUUAACAUACAUGACAUAAUAUUCACAAAAUAAUCUGUACAAUGAAAACAACCUGCCCUGUUCUGAUUGAGCUACAAAUGAUUCACAUACCAAGGAAACUGUGCAAAUAAAGAGUAUGAUUCCA